UGCGUUGGCAGUACCGUAAGUGCUAAUGCCCGGUCGGUCACGAGUCCGCCAGACAUUCCGCUUUUAAAUACAUGUGUUAUCAUAUCAGAACUAAGUGAGGGAUUAUUUAGUGCAACGAAAUAAAAGAAACAAUGAUAUCGGCGGUCAAUGCCUUCUUAGAUGACUUGAGGGGCGGCAGAAUGGCAGAGGCACCGGUUGUACGGGUGGAGCAUGGGGAGCUGCAGGGACGAGUGGUCGAGAGCCCUAGCGGGAAGGCUUUCUACAGCUUCCAGGGGAUCCCUUACGCUAAACCACCGCUGGGAACCCUUAGAUUCCAGGCACCCCAACCCUUAGAGCCAUGGGAUGGCGUCCGUGACGCAACAUCAGAAGGUAACAUCAGCGCGCAAAUAAAGUUCGAUACCGAUAUGUACGAGGGCGACGAAAACUGUCUGUACCUCAACGUCUACACCCCUAACAUAGACGGAGAAUUCCUCCCAGUCAUGGUCUACAUCCACGGAGGAGGUCUGCAGUUCGGAUCAGGGAGUGCCAGCGCAAGAGGAGCUGAUUACCUUGUUGAAAAAGAUGUUGUAGUUGUGACUAUUAACUACAGGUGCGGAGCGCUCGGUUUCCUAAGCUUAAACACCCCUGAGAUCCCUGGUAACGCUGGCUUGAAAGAUAUGAUUGCAGCGUUGCGCUGGGUAAAAGAGAAUAUCAACAAUUUCGGCGGUAAUUCCGGAAAUAUAACGCUUUUCGGAGAAAGCGCUGGCGGUGCUGCUGUGUCUGUUCUCACAGCUAGUCCUUUAAGUAAGGAUUUGAUCAGCAAAGCCAUAAUUCAGUCUGGGUGUGGGCUCUCGAGCUGGGCAUGGCAGAAACAGCCCUUAGAAAACGCUAAAAAGCUAGCGCAUUUACUAGGCUGCGAGUCAGAUGAAGCUGAUGAUAUCCUGGAAUUCCUAAGAGCGACACCUGCCAAGGAAAUCGUUGAGGCCACUAGAAAACUGUAUCCAUCUGAUAUGAUACUCGAAAGAGGAUUAUUAGGUUUUACUUUAGUUGUAGAGAAAGAGUUCCCUGGCGUGGAAGCCGCUAUCACAGAGUCUUUCACAGAUCUAUUAACUUCUGGUCGCGUCGCUGAAGUCCCUGUCAUGAUCGGUUCGACAACAUUGGAGUUUUUGCGUAAAGUCGACACAGAUGACUUGCAAGUCUUUAUUCCUCAGGAAUUAAAUGUACAGAGAAAUUCUGAAGAGUCUUUGGAGAUCGCCAACAAAUUUAAAAGCUUAUAUUUCAAAGGGAAUCAUACGGCUAUCGAAAAUCUGAAUGGGUAUUUCGAACUGAUCUCCGAUAAACUCAUAACCGUUGAUACGCAUAGAUAUGUCCAGUAUUUGGUACAUGCCACAACUAAACCAGUUUACUACUACAAGUUUGAUUAUGUAGGUGAAUUAAAUAAUUCGAAGAAACUAAUGGAUUCUCUGAAUGUUCACCACGCGGGGCACGCGGAUGAAUUGGGAUAUCUGUUCAAGAUGGAUUCGCAGAAUGGAGUCGAGCCCACAGCCCAGGAUGUUAAGAUGAGGGAGAGGAUGCUGCGACUUUGGACCAACUUCGCUAAGUCAGGCAAUCCAACCCCAGACGAGAACCACUACAUCACCGUGACCUGGCAACCGGUCACCAAGGACAACCUGUACUACCUGAACCUGAGCAACGAACUGUCCCUCAACACUAGUCCUGACAAGGAAAGAAUGGCCCUUUGGGAAGAUUUGUACAGCAGGCAUUUCAAAAUCUGGGAGCACCCUCAAGUCAAUAAUGAAGAGACGCCUGUUAAAACGCAAAAAGUGGAGCCUUUGAUUGAAUCAGAGACAAUCGAGCCCGAACCGGUCACAACCGAGCCAGAACCAGUUAGUACCAGCCCAGAACCAGUCACAACCAUCCCAGAACCAGUCACAACCAUCCCAGAACCAGUCACAACCAUCCCAGAACCAACCAGUCCCGUAGAAGAACCAGCACAUGAACCGGUACCAGUAGCUAAGCCACUAGUAGAAGUAACUCCGGAACACAAUGGCGCUGUGAACGGCACAAACGGCGACGUAGAAAGGAAACCGAGGCCAUCCAACGAGAUCAAAAUGGUCCAAAACGGGAACGGGGUGCCUAAAGAUGUGAUCCGUGCCAACGAUCCGCCUGAAGACGAUUUGCCGAAAAACAUUGGGGUCAAUAAGUUUGUGAAUUUCUUCGAAUCACUCGGCGGCAAGAAGUGAUGCCAUUUUAUAUUUGUUUUUUUUGAUUUGACUUUUUUUUUAUUGUAGACAAAAUGAUACAUGCGCAUAUACAUAGAAUAUUUACUUCAGCCGUCAAAUUGCGAGUACUUAAUUGUGAUUACAUUACGCGUCUUAGUAUCGCUUUGUCUAUGAUUUUUAUUAUAGGUUGUGUAUUUAUUGUCUUGGAUAAUAUGAUAUUUGUAUAAGAUUGUUUGAGGCAAUCGGUAAAACUCUGGUCGGAUAUAAUUCAGAUAAGACUAUUUUAAACAUUCCAGUUAUUUAUUAUUCUUUUAAACAGUACAGUGAGCGGCAAAAGUAUUGAAAAACGUCGUGUAUUGUACGUGUUAAACUAAAUAAUGACACAAUUUGCAUACUUGCAAUAAAAUGUACUAUUACAGUCUGUUACUUCUGCUAAUGUUGUUGACUGUACCUUUACCAUAACUAAGAAGUCCUAUCUUAGAUCAUUCUGUAACAUUUUCAUUUGAAAACUAGUCUAUUAGAUAUGUGGUUGUCAUUAGCAGUGAUCGGAAUUGGGUGAGCUAAAAUACCUAUUGUUCGCAAGAAGUAGUGUAUUACUGCUGGUUCUGGCGAUUCAAAGUGUGUUAAUGUCCAAUCUAACAGAAUAACAUAAAAAAAUUACAAUAAUAACAUUGGUAUUUUUUAUUUUAUUGGUAGAGUAGGUGCACAACACUUACAAUACAUUUUGAAUCACAGUUCCACAAUGAGAAAUCGGAUAAAAAUGAGAUUUUAAAGUGCGUUAAACUGUUAUCAAACCCUCUCCCAUACAAACUCCAUGUGUUAACCAUAAGCUACAUCACCAACCGCAAAAAGAAACGUGAGCCAGAACCAGCAAUAAUAUACUACUUUUUGCAAAGAAUUGGUAUUUUAGGUCACCCAAUUCCGAUCACUGAUCAUUAGGCAUUAUUUAUUGUUAAGAACAACAUGCCAUUUAAAUUUGAAUUAUUAUAAUAAUAUUUUUGACCAUUCAAAGUAUUUAAAGUUGUUACUUAGAAUGGUAUUUAAGUAAAAUAACUUUUUAUCAGUCUUCUUAUAUAAAUAAUGGUUAUAGGCAUAUUCUUCAUGAUCAACAUUCCAAAUUAUAUUAUUUAUAUUUAUGUUGUACAUGUGCUAAUAAUUAUAUUGACUUUAUAAAUAGUUUUACAUUAGUUUGCGAAAGAAUGUGUAUUUUUAUAUAUCUACCAUUAAUUAGUAAAUAAAUUAUGAAAAUA